UAGACCUAUAGUUUUUUCUUAGUUUCGACAAGUCUUGUGUCCCCUUUGUAAAUUGUUUUCAGGAGUUAAGCAAAAAUAAUUUCAUUGAUGGAAUUCAGUCUAGUCCAGUGCUAUGAUCGUGUGUGCGUUUUAGCACGAAAUCUCUCUGUGUAAAAGGUGUUCAUUAACCUUUUCAAUAUUUUAAGUUACCAGGGCAGAGCAUUCAUUAUUAUUACUAACAUUAUCAACAGGAAGAAAAUUCCAUGAUGGCGGCCGACGAAUGGAGAAACUGUGUUGACUGGCUUGUGAGAUGUCAAAUUUUACCGCCUGAUCAUAAAGCGACUAAACAUGAUGCUACUGCUUUUGAUUUAGCACAGGCUUUAAGAGAUGGUGUUUUAUUAUGCCAUCUUUUAAAUACUUUGCAGCCUGGCUGCCUCGACAUGAAAGACUUCAGCUCCCGUCCACAGAUGUCUCAGUUUUUAUGUAUGAAGAACAUCAGAACCUUUCUUCAAACUUGCUCAACGGUAUUUGGAUUAAAUCCCCAUGAUUUGUUUAAGCCUAAUGAUUUAUUUGAUGUAAAGGACUUUAAAAAGGUGUUAGAUACAUUAUCACAGUUGUCUAAAAGUGAGCUAGCACAAAGAAAAUUCUGGGGUUUUCUGAAUCAUUGUGAGCCUCAUAGACAGCCUGACGGAUACUACAAUGAGUUGGAAAUGUAUGCCGUUGGAUUCCCUCCAGACUCCAAACAUGAGGACACUGAUGAAGAUGGGGAUAUAUAUGGAAAUCUUCAUGACUUGGCAAUAGUGAAUGAUUUAGAAGACCAGGAGGAAAUUUAUGAUACAGUUUAUCAAGAGGAUGAUGACAAAAUCUACGAUGACCUUCUGAAACACAGGAAGAGUUCUGCGUCGCAACCCUUUGGAGAGCCCAUCACAAAGAGAGAUCACUGCAUCAAAGAACUCAUGGAGACGGAGAAAAACUACAACACAGCACUCAACAUGAUCAUAGAUCACUUCAUCAAACCACUUUAUAAUGUCCUGCCAUCAGCUGAUAGAGAAAUUAUAUUUGCACAUAUUCAGAAACUCAGUGAAGUCCACGGCGAACUUUAUGAAAAAUUGUUGAAAGCCAUCAUCGCAUCCCCUCCCAGGUUAGCAGAGGUUUUUAUCCAGUUCAAAACUAAACUGCUCAUCUAUGGAGACUACUGCUCCAACCUGCCGAAAGCCCAGGAGAAGAUAGACAAAAUCUGUGAGAAUGAGCAACUCAGGCUUAAAGUGCAAGAAUGUGAGCGCAGAGCUAAUGAGGGCAAGUUUAGACUGCGAGAUCUGCUUCAUGUACCUAUGCAGCGAGUUCUGAAAUAUCAUUUGUUGAUGAGGGAAUUGAUAAAGAACACAGACAAGUCCAGCAUUGAGAGGGAGGGCUUGGAGCGUGCUCUAGAGGCAAUGCAGGACUUGUCACUGUACGUCAAUGAAGUCAAAAGAGAUCAUGAAAGCUUGAUAUUAAUAGAAGAUAUACAAAAUAGCAUAAAUGACUUAAAAAUGCCCCCCAACACAACUCUAAAAGACUAUGGCAGGUUCCAGAAAGAUGGAGAACUGAAGGUCCUGUCUCAUUCUGACACCCGACAAAGAAACAGAUUAGAUGCUAGUGGGCACACAGAGAAGAGACAUAUAUUUCUCUUUGACAAAGUGAUGCUGAUGUGCAAGGCUAAGAUGGUGGACAAGUUUCUGUGGGGGGACACGUACAGUUUCAAGGACGCAAUAGUGCUGGGCGAGUUCAGGAUAGAUGACAGCCCAAGCAUCCCAGAGAAAAAGAACGAGAAGAAUGUGCAGCGACCGUGGAGCUUUCCAUUCAUCAUGGUGAAACAGGACAAGGCAAACGCUUUUACUUUUUUUGCCAAAACUGCAGACGCAAGGGAUAAGUGGAAAGAGGCUGUUAAUAUGGCACUUGACAAUAGCAACCCAUCUGCUGGUAGAAACUAUAUCAUGCAGACCUUUGAUACCCCAAGAGAGUGUGACGUCUGUGGGAAACUGCUCAGAGGUAUAUUCUAUCAAGGUUACAUAUGUUCAGAUACUAAAAAAGUUGUGCAUAAAGAAUGUAUAGGAAAAUCUACCCAACCACCACAGAGGCCUCCAAGAACAGUUCCAAUUAUUGCUGUCAAGGCGGUGGUGGAGACAGCAUAUCGUGGCCAACCUCCUCCACCUGGAAACUUCCGGCCAGCUUUAUAUCUCUCAAAGAACGAGGAGAUAGAUAUCAUAUCCAAGCCUGACAGUACCUGGUGGAAAGGGAAAUCAUCAAUGGGUGAAGAAGGUUACUUCCUUUCUAAUUGUGUCAAAGAGAAGAGAGCAUUGAAACUGACUGGACAAGCUAGCGGCAGUAGCUUUAACCAGAAUGGUGGGAGCUUAAAAUCAACCAGAGAGAGCCCCCAGGAGCAAGACUCGGGCUGCGUGCCUGCCUUGCCCAAGAAAAGGGAGCCCAAAGGGUUCCCCUCGCAGCUCUGGUAUGUGGGAGAGAUGGAAAGACAGGGUGCUCAGCAGGCGCUAGAUCCACUACCUGAUGGUACUUUCUUAAUCAGAGUUACUAACAACCCUGCCAGAGCUGGGGAAUUGAGUCUCAGUAUUAAAUAUGCCAAUGCAGUCAGACAUAUUAAGGUCAACCGGACACAUGAUGGCCAGUUUUAUUUAGCAGAAUUGCGUUACUUUGGCUCUGUACAGGAGUUGGUGGAGUUUUAUCAGAGUACGGAGCUGGCAGACAGUUUCCCUGAUGUCUGUACAACACUCAAGUACCCCUACAAGCGAGUGGCCAGUGGUCCCAAAGUCCUGGGCUACGCUGUGGCCAUCUACGACUAUGCUGCCACAUCCACAUCACAGGUGACGCUGCAGGUGAAUGAUAGAAUUGCCAUACUCAGCAAGACGGGGCAGGACAAAGGCUGGUGGAAGGGAGAGAACUUAAGAACAAACAGGAUUGGGUAUUUUCCCUUGGCCUAUGUACAAGACGAAGAAGAGCAAACUUGAUCCAAGUUGUAACACAUUCCUGCCCAAAAGAACAAUCUUGUGUGAAAAUUAAGGUUGAUGUUAUGACCCUAAAGUUGAAGUCUGUGUAGUAUCACUUCUAGGAAAUAAUUCACAUUUAUUGAUAUCACAAUAUCUUUUUUUUUAUUUUCUUCAAGAUUAAAAAGUGAGAUAUGUUACAGUCUACUGGAGAGAGAGAGAGUGUGUGACUGAGAAAGCAAUGAAAAUAUGAAAAACGAACUUAAAAGUGAACUACUUGUGGAUGAUGUCUGAUGUCAGUGCUUGACUGUAUCUUGUGUAAAUUAACCAUGAAACUGUACUAUAAAAUGUUAUAAAUAAAUUACAUGUGAAUAUUGAAGUCAGACCAUUAGCUAUGGAUAGGCAAGUACUUAUAAUACAUCAGGUGCUCAGUUUAUGUGUUGUGCUCGUGGCGUGUGUGUGCACGCAUGUACAAGACUUUUAGUAAUCUUGAAUUGCAAGGACAUGAAGAUGUUGGUGUAUAUGUUCGUAUGUGUUGAGGCAGCAGCCAGCUGAGAGAGGUUUAGGGGCUGAAGUAGAGUCAGUGUAUUAAUUUUAAAAUAUGCUGAAGUAGUGGCUCAUCAUGUGGACAAUGUCGCAUCAAGAUUGUGCUUGUAUAUAUAAUCAAUGAUAUUAGUAAUUUUUUUUGUUUCCCCAAAGGUAGCGAGGCCCAGAUUUUUUUGGGGAGGCUAGAAAAUGUAUUUUUAGACCUCAUUAUAGCAUAUUCAGUAGACCUUGAUGUAACAAGAAGGUUUAUGGCAAUAGGCUUUAAGCAGUGCUAUCUCCAAAUUGUUUAAGAUUAAUUCUGUUCUGGCUAACAAGUUAUAUGGUCUUUUCACUCUGAAUUCAUGAAAAGGAAAUGCAGGUUGAACUGUUUGGUUGAACUGUUUGGUUGAACUUUCAAUUUAGUUUCAUUUGUAGUGUCACCCUGAAGCAGGACAGGUUGUAUUUUGUUUGUUAACUAGCUUGUUACAUGGGAUGAUGGUACAGAACCAGAAAUAUUGGGUGGAUUUUUUUCUCUUAAAUUAUUGACAGUCUACAUUUUGGCCAAUGGGAAAACACAAGACUGCAAUUGGUAAGAUUUUUAAUCAUUUUUAGUCUGGAAAAAGUUCAGAAAAGGCAGGAAAAAAAGCUGGAGUGUACUAAUACAUAAGGUCAUGAACCCUGAUUGAUAACAUUGCAAUGAAAAUAAAUGGUUGAAGUUAUCUAGUAGUUUGCAAAAAAUAUUGGAACUGAAAUCUUUGUCCUUUGGUUUACCUACAUAGCUAAUACUUUCAAUACCUUUUCUUCUUAACCAUUGUGUUUUUACUGUGAAGACAUUGUUUUGAACUAACGAAGUCAUGACAUAUCAAUUGUUUUGAAUCUGAUCCUACUCUAGUAGCUUGCCACAUUCUUGCAAACGUCUUGAACAGAUGUCCACAAAGUAACCUUUGAACUUUCAUUCCAAUGUUUUGGUUUGCCCCUUUUUUUUUUGUAUGUGCAUCUUUUUAGUCAACUUUAGAUUGAACUUGGCCGUGGACCACAGCUUUGUUUAGUUGAUGAUGAACAUUGUCAUUUGUACUUGCUGAUUUGCUGGACCACCAAUCACUAUUAAUGUUGUGAUUAGCUCGACUUUCACCACGAAUCACUCUUAAUGUUGUUGAUGCAAAAUUACUUAACAAUUUUUUUUGUUGUCAAAUAGAACUAAUUAAUAUGAAAUAUAUAUAUAUAUAUAUUAAAAUCAUUGGUUAAAAUGGCAGAAUAUGAACUUUUAUUUUUAUUAUUAAAUAUCCUGUGCUUUUCAAAUUUAAAAAAAAAUGGACCACAGAAUUGCAAAGAAAUUUAAAUUUUGUUUUGGCCUCUGCUCUGAACGUUUGUGUGAUUUCAUUUCAUAUUGUGAGACUAUAACACUACAACUGCAGUGGUAUUGGUUUGAACAUUAAUUCUUAAGAAUUCAUUUUGUCUGUUCAGUACAUCAGUGUUUCAAUUCAAGUGUCGCCAACCUUGUGAUUUUUUUGUAAACUUGGCACCCUUCUUGUUUGUUUGUUUUUUUCCUGUCAUGCGCUCUAUGAGUUGCUGCUGUUGAUAACUUCUUAAGCAUUGUUAAUAUUUGUAUCUGUAUGGUCAGUAGGAUAUCUCUUCAUGGCUUCAACAGAGACCACAAGUGGUUUCGCCUCAGCUCCAGGAACACUGGUCAGUUAAUCCUUGACUUUUUUCUGUUUUUUUUUUUUCAAACCUGGACUUGCAUUAAGAGCCCUGAGUUCAAAUUCAAGCAAAUUUUUUUUUUUUUUAAAAACGAUCACAGUAACAUUCACCCAGAUACCCCCCCACCCCCUGCCCUCUCUUUUUUUUUUCUUUCUCUCCCAAUAUUUCUUGAUCAAGCUUAUUCAUUGUUGGUCUAGAUCUAGUAUAAAGUUGAAUGGCACGACUGAUCCAGACUAAUAGAUACAAUUAUACUCCGAAGAAGCUUUGUCUUUUUUGUUGUUGUUGUUUUUCAAAAAAGUAUUUUGUAUGUUUUUCUUGUUCAAUAGUUGAGUUUCUCUACAAAACAAACUUGCAACCUUCCACGUAACUUGUUUCUAGGGCUAGUGUAGGUGAGAGACAGUGCUGUUGAUGCUAUGAGUUUCAGUCUUGUUUCUUACUAAUCUAGCUAAUUAAACUGUUGGAAGGGCGAUAGAAGAAAUAGUAUAGGGUUGAGAGUUCCUGUCUUCAUAUUGAGGCCAGGUACAUGUGAUUUUAGAAUCGGCAGCUGUUUUCAGGAUGAACUAGAAGGCGAAAAAGAAGUCGUUAGAUAUUAUGAUGUUCUGUUUUGGUUUUCUCCUCUGUGAGGAUACUACAGAAAAAGAUAGUCAAUAUUUCCAAUUUGUAAAUCUUAACGAAGUAAUAAUAUUCAGCGACGUUGAAAAAAUAACAUGGUUUUGGUUGUUUUGUUUUUCUUGGCUACAAGUAAGGUUUUUCAAAUAUUUCUUUAUAGGCCAUCCUGAAAUAAAAGAUAAGGUUACUUGGGCAGCUUGAGCUCUGCUAUGGGAUUUAUUUAUUUUUGAUUGCCAUUGCUUGCUAUCAGAUAUUGUUACCUGCAUGACUUAAUGUUGGCUUCAACCUUGUUAGUUCACACUUGGGAAAAAAAAAAGAAUUGCUUCAGGAUGUUGAUAAAUUACAGUUGACCAUUGCUUUAAGAUGUUGAUCACUUUUUGAUGUUUUUUUCUUUUCUACAACUGUUGAACCAGAAUGUACUUUUGAUGAUUGCUUUAAGAUGUUGACCAAUGGCUUUAUUUGUGAAAUUCAACCCAUAUUUGGACUCGCAUAUGAGCAUAACAUACGUUGUAUUUCUUUUGUUUUUUUUUUUAACUCAUGUACUUCAGGUUGUUGAUUGCUACAAAAAAAAUUCUAUAUUUUUUCCUAUUUCUAGACAAUUUAUCAAAUAUACUUUUCUAUUUUGUAUGUAUUCAUUGCCACAGUUAAGUAUUUAUUUAUUUUUCUCUAUGUCACCUUAGCCAUAAGAUUCUCCUGUUGUGAAUUAACUUAUUGACAGAUGGUUCUUUAUACAUAUAUGGUAGUGAGAGCAACAUUCUGCUAACCUGCAGCCUGGCAGCAAAGUUUUGUGUAAGAAAGAAAGAGUGUUGAUUGUGCUUUAGUAAAUAGUGUGCUGGGAGUUGAAAGAUUUUUGGUUGUGCUUUAGUAAAUAGUGUGCUGGGAGUUGAAAGAUUGUUGGUUGUGCUUUAGUAAAUAGUGUGCUGGGAGUUGAAAGAUUGUUGGUUGUGCUUUAGUAAAUGGUGUGCUGGGAGUUGAAAGAUUGUUGGUUGUGCUUUAGUAAAUGGUGUGCUGGGAGUUGAAAGAUUGUUGAUUGUGCUUUAGUAAAUGGUGUGCUGGGAGUUAAAAGAUUGUUGAUUGUGCUUUAGUAAAUAGUGUGCUGGGAGUUGAAAGAUUGUUGAUUGUGCUUUAGUAAAUGGUGUGCUGGGAGUUGAAAGAUUGUUGAUUGUGCUUUAGUAAAUAGUGUGCUGGGAGUUGUCACUGUUUGUUCUCCCCUGCAAUAAAUUAUGUGCUUUGCUGAACUGAAAUAAUCCAGAUUGAAAUGUAUGGGGGUUUUUGUUGUUUUUUUUAACUCUCUGACCUGUGUAAAAGAUGCUACACCACAAAGCAUAUGUAAUGAAGCUAUUAGUUGUACAGAAAUCUAGUUUUAUGGUAUGGAAUAUGAUGAUGUUAUAUGUAUGUAUCUUGUAUUAGAAAGCUGGUUUUUGGGACGGGUCUGUAAUUGCUAACUCCACAAUGCUUCACUGUUUUAGCUUUCCACUGGUUUUACCUCUAGAUGUGGUGUUAGCAGGGACUUUACUUUUCUUAUCUGACUGUCCAUCUGAAACCUGUAGCUCUUGUAUUAUAUAGCUCCUCCUUCGUGGUUGAAGAUGAGCACAUUUCUCAUUUCCUAUGAACUCGAAGAUGGCUGUAAAGUCCAUUCUUUGUAUUAAAAAGUAAAGUUGGGUCUACUCCAGACAAGCCUGCUUCUAUUUUUAGAAUUUUUUUUUAGCUCUCUCUAUUAUGCGGGCAGCUCUCCUUGCCUCGUAUCUCGAGACUCUUUAACACUCACAGCUUCAUGCGAGCGAUCCAUUGCUAGUGUUUCCCAGCCUUGAAUGUCAGUAUCGCCCUCCUUGAGAGUUCUUAAGGGUAUCUUUGUAACGUUUGUGUUGACCUCCACCAGUGAGUGCUUUCCCCAUAAAGAAGUCGUACAGAUUAGGUUUCAACAUUUGUUGCUGUUUUGAUUUUGGUGAUUCUUGUGAUAAUCUGUCUUACAAAAACUUGGUCAUAAUUUGCAAAUGAAUUUGUUUUGUUAUUUUUUUCUCAACUAUUUAUUAAAUAUAUAUUUUGGUUGGUGAGGUUUUCUUUUUUUGUUUUGUUUUCUCUAAAUUGAUCAGAAUAUUUUCUUGCAAAACUUAAUAUUUUGUUAAAAUUUGUUUUUGUUUUGAUCAUGCUCAAAUUGUUUCUUGUUUGUUUUGUUUUUUUUUUAUUAAUUUUGUUUGUGCAUAAACUAACAAUUGUACAACCACAGCAAACUUCUGGUGGGAAGGGACAUGUUUCUCAUGUUGAUAAUUUCAUGUUACCAUCUCCUUGUUAGUAGCUAAUGCAUGGGAAGUAAUUCCUCAUUUUUUUCUUUUUAAAAUUUAAAAAAAAAAAGAAGAUAACACUUAAUAAGAGAAAAGAGAAUGAAUUUCCCCAGAAUUGAAAAUGGGAACGGUCAAUGUAUGGAACUACUGCAGAUUAUUUUGUAUUUAAAACUUCUAUUAUGUUUUGCAUUCAAACAUUUUUAUUUGACAGCGUUAAUAUUUGAGGACAAUUGUAUGCACAUAAGACCUAUUGUAUUUGUACUUUGGUAGAACACGGAAUUUUUUUAUAAGAAUUUAACUUAUCAUAUAACAUCAUUCUAAACCUGUUAGGUACAUUGAAAUUUUCUAUAAUGUCAUUGUGCCUGUAGUCUAAGGAACUCACAGAAUCAUAAUAUUUUUUAUAUGUAUUUUUUCUUACUUGGCAAUUUUGUAUGAAAUUUCAUUGGUCAGUGAAUUAGGCACAACUAUUUAUUUUCUGUCUGUCCACAGAAAGACCUGAUUAUGUCCAUGCAAUUUUCCUCACACUUGAGAUUAUGUUUUGUCAUAAUAUUUUUGUUUAGAGUCUAAAUCUGCAUUAAUACAUUUGGAAAAGAAUUUAGAUGAAAAGAAAUGUCACAUUUUUGAAUGUUAUGUUAUGCAAAAACUGGCAUAAAAUAUUUUGGCUAGUUUCAAAAUAGCUGCAAGCACAAUUUCUUUUGUUUUUUUCUUUCAAGUCAGAAAAUGUUUUGUAUUUUUAAUGUAAGUGAAUUUUUUUGUUGUAUUUGGUCACAUGGGAUAUGACAUAUGUACAGCCUGCAAUAUUGUAUGACUUUUUCAUGAAAAAUAGUUAAAUCAAGAUGUGGUUUCUGUUUCUGUGAAUAAAACUUCUCAUGAACAUCAUA